AUGGCUCUAAAUCUGCCUUCUUCUACUAGAGAGUUUAUUCGCGAUAUGAUCUUGAGCAAAUCACUUACCACAUCCCAGAUCGCCGAUGCCGCUGGAUGCAGUGCGCGUUCCAUCACCACCAUCCGCACCAAUCUGUGGUCUGUUUGCUCAAGUCUAUUGUUCCAGACCACGGUUCCUGUGGGGAUUCCACAGGCACUUCUCACACGCGUUGCGGGAACAGGGGUUCGUUCGACUACGCAGCUUCACUUUGCACAACGCCAAGACACUUGCUACUGGAAAAAGGCCCGCAACCCCUCAACAACGCGACUCUUUCGCAACACGAAUUCUGGCCUCCAGGCUGGUAUUGUGAAUGGCACAGUCAAUGCGCAGUUCUAUUUGCACCCAGAGCGACCGGAAACUCCACCAGCCCCUCUAUCAACCGUCCCGUUUCGCCGCGACCGAGACUUUGUCAGUCGCGACACACUACUCGAUGAGAUACAUACAAAGAUCUCAGUCCCCGGCUCCAGGAUAGCUCUUGUGGGCGUUGGCGGUGUCGGGAAAUCGCAACUUAGCAUCGAAUACACCUACCGAGUCCGAUCUCAAUCACCGGCUACCUGGGUUUUCUGGGUCCACGCAAGUAACGCGGCUCGGUUCGAGCAAAGUUUCCGGGAUAUCGCCGACCAGGCCAAAAUUUUCGGGCGCAAGGAUCCCACAGUGAAUAUAUUUCAACUAGUCGAAAACUGGCUUCAGGAUGUCAAGAGAGGAAGGUGGUUACUAAUUCUUGAUAAUGUUGAUGAUGAUGGGUUCCUCCGCCAGCCAUCAACGACAGGCCAGCAGGGCCUGCAGAUCGGCCAAACCAACAGCUCGACAAAGCCAUUGUUGGAAUUUCUCCCCCGAAGCCCGAACGGAUCUAUAAUUAUCACAAGUCGGAAUAAAGAGGUAGCGUUAAAAAUUGUCGACCAUCAGGACGUUAUUAAAAUAGAACCAAUGAACAAGUCGGAGGCUCUAAAACUUCUCCAACAAAAGCUUGGACGAUUGGCGGAAACUCCUGAUAUUCUAACUUUAGUGGAAGAACUUGAGUUUAUGCCACUGGCUAUUGUGCAGGCAGCUGGCUACAUCGUGCAUCGAGCACCCCGCUGUUCAGUAUCGCAGUACCUCGAGAAGUUUCGGAAGAGUGAUGGUGAAGCGAUCAAGCUUCUUCAUUAUGAGGCGGGUCAUCUCUAUCGAGAUUGGGAGGCGAAGAAUUCGAUUCUAGUCACAUGGCAAAUAUCCUUCGACUAUAUUCGACGAAUACGACCGUCCGCUGCUGAUUUGCUCUCCCUCAUGAGCUUUUUCGACCGACAGGGAGUUUCAGAGGACCUUCUCCGAGUUCAACGCGAUACAUAUAACGAGAAUUCGACCUCGGAGAGGAUUGCGUUUGACCGCCGCGACGAGGAUACGGAUAGCACAUCAGAAUCUAACACGGAUGAUAAUUUUAAUGAUGAUCUUACAACAUUGAGAGACUUUUCAUUUAUUUCUAUCAGCGAGAACAUAACAGUGUUCACGAUGCACCGGCUAGUGCAACUUACUGUGCGUGUGUGGCUUGAAAGCAAUAGGCAAAUAGAGCGAUGGAAGGAGGAAUUCAUCACGAGCCUAUACCAAAGGUUUCCGACCGGUGAAUAUGAAAAUUGGGCACGAUGCCGAUCGCUAUUUCCACACAUAAAAUCAGCGGUCUCACAACGACCAGGAUCACAAGACUCUCUACAAAAAUGGGCGACGCUACUUUAUAGGGGAGCAUGGUAUGCUAAGGAUACCGGGAACAUUGAGGAAUCAAGGGAUAUGGCAUCUAAAUCAAGGACGGAGCGAGUGUUAAUGUUUGGCUUGGAGGGUGAACAGACCCUCGAUAGCACUGCGAUGUUAGCGAACGUAUACCGGCUCGAGGGCCGAUGGGAGGAGGCGGAGCAGCUCGAAGUGCAGGUGAUGGAGACGAGCAAGACGAAGCUCGGCGUGGACCAUCCCUCUACGCUGACGAGCAUGGCCAACCUGGCAUCGACGUAUAGGAAGCAGGGCCGAUGGGAGAAGGCGGAGCAGCUCGAAGUGCAGGUCAUGGAGACGAGCAAGACGAAGCUCGGCGUGGACCAUCCUGACACGCUGACGAGCAUGAACAACCUGGCAUCGACGUUCUGGAACCAGGGACGAUGGGAGGAGGCGGAGCAGCUCUUUGUGCAGGUCAUGGAGACGAGCAAGACGAAGCUCGGCGUGGACCAUCCCUCUACGCUGACGAGCAUGGCCAACCUGGCAUCGACGUAUAGGAAGCAGGGCCGAUGGGAGGAGGCGGAGCAGCUCGAAGUGCAGGUCAUGGAGACUCGCAAGACGAAGCUCGGCGUGGACCAUCCCUCUACGCUGACGAGCAUGGCCAACCUGGCAUCGACGUUCUGGAACCAGGGACGAUGGGAGGAGGCGGAGCAGCUCUUUGUGCAGGUCAUGGAGACGAGCAAGACGAAGCUCGGCGUGGACCAUCCUGACACGCUGACGAGCACGGCCAACCUGGCAUCGACGUAUAGGAACCAGGGCCGAUGGGAGAAGGCGGAGCAGCUCGAGGUGCGGGUGAUGGAGACGAGCAAGACGAAGCUCGGCGUGGACCAUCCUGACACGCUGACGAGCAUGGCCAACCUGGCAUCGACGUAUAGGAACCAGGGCCGAUGGGAGAAGGCGGAGCAGCUCGAGGUGCGGGUGAUGGAGACUCGCAAGACGAAGCUCGGCGUGGACCAUCCCUCUACGCUGACGAGCAUGGCCAACCUGGCAUCGACGUAUAGGAACCAGGGCCGAUGGGAGAAGGCGGAGCAGCUCGAAGUGCAGGUCAUGGAGACUCGCAAGACGAAGCUCGGCGUGGACCAUCCCUCUACGCUGACGAGCAUGGCCAACCUGGCAUCGACGUAUAGGAACCAGGGCCGAUGGGAGAAGGCGGAGCAGCUCGAGGUGCGGGUGAUGGAGACUCGCAAGACGAAGCUCGGCGUGGACCAUCCCUCUACGCUGACGAGCAUGGCCAACCUGGCAUCGACGUAUAGGAACCAGGGCCGAUGGGAGGAGGCGGAGCAGCUCGAGGUGCGGGUGAUGGAGACUCGCAAGACGAAGCUCGGCGUGGACCAUCCCUCUACGCUGACGAGCAUGGCCAACCUGGCAUCGACGUUCUGGAACCAGGGACGAUGGGAGGAGGCGGAGCAGCUCGAAGUGCAGGUCAUGGAGACUCGCAAGACGAAGCUCGGCGUGGACCAUCCCUCUACGCUGACGAGCAUGGCCAACCUGGCAUCGACGUAUAGGAACCAGGGACGAUGGGAGGAGGCGGAGCAGCUCUUUGUGCAGGUCAUGGAGACGAGCAAGACGAAGCUCGGCGUGGACCAUCCUGACACGCUGACGAGCAUGAACAACCUGGCUUAUACCCUUAGGUCAUCGGGUCAAUACAUAGCUGCAUUGCAGCUGAUGGCUGAAUGCGUUCAACUUCUCCACCGAAAAUUAGGCCCUAACCAUCCGCAUACUACAUCUUCCAAGUCUGCUUUAGACGAAUGGCGCGGGAAGGUUGACUCCCCGUCUUCCCAGCUCACUAAACCGCUGUCGGACACCAAAGAGGCCUCAAUCCUAGGCAGUUCCAUAGAAACCUCCGAGUCGGUUGAUAGACCUGGCGGACACCGUAGGCGGGCAAUAUUCUUGCGCCUAUUUGACAGGAAGUAG